AUGGUGGACCGAAAGCUGUACAAGACGAAGCUUUGCGUACUGUAUCAGAGAGGUCACUGUCGUCGCCAGACCUGCUCUUUUGCCCACGGCGAUGCCGAGCUCCGACGCUUCUCUGCUUCAUUCAAUGGGAGGCGGGAUUAUAGGAGUAGUGACUUGAGAGAUAAGCUUGACAGAAGACUUUCUCCACCAAGAAGGUACUCCCCUGAUGGAAGAGGUCGGCAUGCAUCUCAUGGAUACAGUCCCCCCAGAUUUCUUAGGAACAGGAGUUUCUUUCUUGAUUGUGGUGGAGAAGUUUACCAUGGCACCCAUUUUUUGGAUUUCUUAAAUUGCAGAGAUGCCAUUCUUGUACUUGGCAGUCACCCUCAGGCGGGUGCAGCUCUUCUGCGGUUAGACAAUAACAGUGCCAGAAAACACAGCAAGAAACAUCCAUUGGAUGGCCAAAGUGAUUUUUCUGGAAGCUUGGAUAUCUCAGAUGGGAACAAAGAUCAAGUCAAAGACAAAAAGCUCACAUCGUCUGAUUCCAAAGAUGCCCUAGCAGUGCAGUUGAGACAAGUGCAGUCUGAAGUUGACAUGCUGGAUGACCACAAACAUCAACUGGAGAUCUACGUGGAAGAGAGGAUCCAAGAAGCAGAUGGUCUAACUUCUAAAAUCGAGGAGCUUGAGAUGCAACUGUGUAAAGAGAAAGAGGAAUGUAAAAGGAUUACUUCAAAAAUCAAGAAGUUUGUUAAAGCUCAAAGUCGUCAUUUAAGGCUACAAGCUGAACUAAAGAGGUCACAAGCUCGAGUUCAGAAGUUGGGGGACCAGCUUGCUUCAGAUGCUGCUAGAUCUGGUGCCAAUGAAGAGGAUUCAAGCAUCAAUAUGAUGAGUGAUGGAGAGACAACUGGUAAUCUUGUGUUAAGCUCAUGGACUGAGCUACAAACAAAUGCUUCUCCCAGCAGAAAAAGACAGCGAAUUCGCAUGAAAGCUGAUCUAGAUUUAAAUCAAGCACCAGUAAAUCCAACAGAAGGAGAAGGAUUUGUGACAGGAACAAUUACUUCGGGGAAGUUUUCUCGGUGGAAUAUUGAUCAUGCUCAAUAUAACAAUAAGAAGGAAGCUGUGGCGGAGGGUAAUGGAAAGAAUGGUUUUAGACCCUUGGCAAAUGAAGACAAGGCAAAAUGGGAAAAGAACACUUACAUUAACAUUCUGUCGGGAGAUAAGUUGAGGAUUUCUGAAUCAGGCCCUGUGUUGCCAUCAACUAGCAUAGCUGCCCAUGCAGUGGAUGAAGUUGCUGACACUGUUGAAAUGGAGGAAAAGUUUGAGUUGGUUGGGGCUUCUUCUACAGAAGUUGGAAAGGGGGUUACAUUUGAGAUCCCCGGAUUGCCUUUACCACCACUGCCACCACCUCCUCCUGUGCCUCUAGGCACUUACUCAAAGUACAAGGGUGACGGUGAGAAGGUGGGUGUAGAGGGACUUGACGACGAGAUGGUGGAUAUAGUUUGA